AUGCGUGGAGCUCAGCUCUCGUCGUCGCUACUCUAUAGGGGAAUCAGGGAGAGUUGCUGUCUCGAACUCCGUCCCCCCCGGCACUGUCAACCCCAUCUGAGUCAUUACGGCUUCCUUCACGUCCGUCAUUUCUCCUCAUUAACGGCCACAAUCAAGGGAGAUCACAAUGACAAAGAACCGCAGACUGACCAGGGGGAGAGAGGGCAGCAACAGGUUCCCCCGGUACGGUCAGCUCUGGUUCGAGAGGCCCGGAGGGCUUGUGUCCAGAGAAAUAGUCUCGUUGACAUGUACCAGGCGGCUGAAAAGGUUCAAGAUGGACUUGCUCGCGGAGAAGUGUCAGCUGGAGAUGCCGCAACACUUCUCAGUUUAUUUGCAAAAAAGAAGUUUGUCUACAAGCCUUUUUGGCGCUCGGUCGGCAAGAGCAUCCUUCCUCUACUUCCCCAAGUCGAUACGAAAGGCUUGGCGCUGAUCUUGAACGCGUUCGCCAAUGCUGGUGUAGUCGAUAGACGGCUUCUCAAAGAGGCUGCUGACCUCAUAGUUCUAGGCAACAGCAGAGCCCAACAACGGAGGAACACUCAUCGUCUCCAGGGGAGUAGCACUGGUGCGUGUGACCUCUCAUCUGUUGAGGCAGAAGAAUCCCUGCCCCCCGGGAGUAAGACGCGGAAAAACUCUUGUAGUUUGUGUGGAGACGAAGAGACGCUUGGCUCGACACUUCCAAACAGGUCGGCGUUACGUGCCUUGGGACAGAUUCACGGCGCGUCAGAAAACGAUGAGGCCAGGAGCUCUGAACACGGUCCUUUGUCACAGGGCGUGCCUGAUACAGGGAACGCACGUCGCAACAAAGAGGGUGUUGAGGCCUUUCUUGUGCCGUCGGCUCUUAACGCCAGGCUCAAGAGAAGUGAGAUGUCUGUGUCUGCAAAGUCGUCCCACCCGGCUGAACUAAACGCAUGUGGCACUACUGCAAAAGAGGGGAUAACCCGUCUUCUUUCAGUAGGUGCAGCCACUCCGCUUCAUGAGGGCGGUUCCAAUUCUCCACUUGCUCUGGUAUCGGCGAAAGCGCCGCUGGAGCCUGGCGACUCAAAUCAGAUAUCGUUGCAUCACGGUGAAGAAUCACUCGAGGAUACUUCUGUCGAUGAUACCCGCAAGGUAGGGACUGUGCGAGCCCUCCGAUGUCAAGAACUGCAUCGCGCAGAAGUCGAGCUGAAGGCUGCGGAGAUGGAUAGGCCGAGCGCGAAGAUGGGAGAACGUGGAAACUUCCAGGAGGACGAACAGGACAGCAUUUUCACGGCUUUAUGCCCUGACAAUAUUCGAACGCCUUCGAAAGAAUCCAUUGAACCACAACAGGGACGGGUUGGCAAGGAAGCAGGUCUGUCUUGCAAAGAAACGAAUUUAUUUUGCUCCGUGCUACACCCGACGUCACUCUCGAAACCUGCAUCCUAUGAUUGUGUAGGCGAAACCACUACUAACAUCGGUGGCCAAAUUCAACAUGAAGCUGCCGGUAAAUGCACAAGGCAAGAUGCAGUCACAUCUGAUCACCAGGAACAUGGGAAGACUGCGUUGGUAAAAAGAAUGAAUGCGCAAGAUAUGGCGCUCGUUGUAAACGCCUUCGCGAAACUCGGGGUUAACAAUCGACAAUUGUAUGCUGCCCUUGCGGACAACCUCCCUACUGUUCUCUCUGAGGCAUCCGCGCUUCAGCUUGUAACAUUUUUUGCUUCCUAUUCCAAGGUCGGCAUUCACGAUUUUUCCGUGUACCGCGCCAUCUCGGGAGAGUUGCUGCGAGCAAGGGCAGACAUCGCCAAAGCGAAUCAACCAGGGUCUGCGUGUUUGCCUCCGAAGGUUGCGGCGUUGGAUGCCAGCGCUGUUGCAGUCUUGCUGAACUGCAUACAGAAAGCGAAUUUCGACAAUCCCCAUCUUACGCGUUGUCUGUUGACACAUUUGGGAGAGAGCAGAUCUUCAAUGAAAGUGAAGAGGCACAAUGUUGAACCUAGAUGUAAGGCAACAGGACACGCACUGGACGGUCGAGGUUCUACUGAGGUUGAUAUCGAAGGAGUAUCCCGCCAGCCGGUCGAAAAUCAACGCUCCCAGAAUCUCUGUCCUCUACAGCAAACACGCUCCGCAAUUUCUGACUCAGAGGGCCGAGCACAUCCGAGUACGUCUGGAGCAGCACACGCUUCUGGGGCGCCUCACACGGAGCCCUCGAGAGUUCUCGGGAUGGCUCAAGACAUUUCUAAUUUCAGAUUGUACCAUGAUCUAGGACCUCGAGAAGUGUCGCUCACUCUGAACGCGUUAACGCGACUGCCACACCCAAAGUCGUUGAGGAGCGCCAUUGUAGCCCACGCUUCGAAGCUCCUGUCCUCGAUGAACGACACGGACGUCCUGAUUACAACAAAAGCAUUAAUCCGGCUUCACUCUAAACUGGGCCAGCCUGAUGCAGAAAAUCUGUUUUUACAGAUACGGAGUCGCUUCCGCGCCCACGGGUGUGGUGUCAGAGAGUUGGCUACACUUGCACCUGCUUUGCAGCGUCUCGUUACUUUAGCUCCACAGCUGAAAAACCCCGCCAAAAGUUUGCUGCAAGAAAUUGCUCCACGCGUGGCAAACCGGCUUUACAAGCUGGACAAUCGAUCCCUCGUUCAGCUUGCCUCUGCAAUUGUGAAUCUGCAUGCAUCAGAGGAGAAUACUACUCAGGAAAUUCUAGUGGAGAUUUCCAGGCGUCUUCCCGAUCUGAUGCUGGACGAGAAAAUCGCCACAUUACACGUGGUUCACAUCCUUUCUCGCAACGGCGUCUCAGUGGCAGGGGAUAUUGCGCCAUUUCUUGUUCGUAGCAUUCUUGAUACGAUUGAAGAGUCAAAAGAUGACCGACCCUCCAAAUGGGGUGCGGCAGGCGCCAAGACUGUCGUGACCGCUGCAGCCGAACUAAGAAACGCAAGUAGUUCUCUGAUGGAACGCCUUCUGUUGGCAGUCUGGCCAACAGUUCCACUCAUGAGCGUGGGCCAAAGACUCUCUGUAGCUCUGGCUUUGCUUAGUUGCUGCAGUCCCGUUGCCCACACUGCAGGAGGACGCUCAAUAUGGAAGACGCUUAUCGGCAGCUUGGUGUAUCACCAGGCUAGGGCAAAUGCACAAGGUCAUCAAGACACUGACUUCAGCAAAUGUCAGCGUGUCCUACCAUCUGCGUCAUCCGACUACCGAAACAGCAGGCAUGCAGAUGCCAGCGACGCAGUGAUUGCUCAGGGGACAAGCUGGGAUUAUGAAGAUCAGGGUCCUUUCAGAGAGACGCGGUCUUUGGAAGGAGGUGUUGAGUUCGGGGCUGGCCGUCUAAACGGCGCUGAACCCGCUUCCGGCACUUGCGAGCAGAGCACUGACAAGUGCUUCCAUAUGCCUUUAAGCACUGUUGUUCUUGGCUGGUUUUUGCUAGUUGCUAACGCCAGCAACACUGGUCGGCCCUAUGAAUCAGGAGUGUCUCCUCUGGAGAGUUUCAUUCCGAAUACGGAAUGGAAAUCCUUAGAAGGCUCAACAAAGGCAACUGCACGAACAGACGUACUAGAAGCGCUGCGCCGAUUCACGGAGGCAUCCAAGGAAACUUGGCUUGCCCCCGUGAGGGCCAGCCGGUGCCACAAGGUGUGGAACAUCGCUCUCUCUUCUGCCGUGACCGAAUGCUUGUUACAGAGUUUCAGGUGCAAUAUGCCGGUUCUUAGGGUGUCCGCAGCCGACAAAGCUGCGCUUGAGAUGUAUUUUGGCCAAAGCAUUGUUGGUGAAAUUCAAAUGACACUGUUUGUCGUUGCGAGUGAAAUGUGGCAAGCCAAGGUCAACGAUUGCAUCCUUAAAGAAGGGCGAAUUCUUAGACUGAAGGAAACGUUGGGCACAAGCUCAGGAGAUGCAAUGAAGGUACCCGGUGGUGAACACAUUGGUGACGCGCUACGUAUGCUUCUGGAGGGCGAACUACAGAGGUGGAGUUCUCAGACAUAUUGUAGACGCUUCUCAUGUGUCAACGAGGAAACACCUCAGUGUUUGCCUUACGAGGAUAAAGCGUUUGCCACUUGCUUCAAUGGGGAUAGCCCGCCAAGUUGUCCUGCAAUUUAUUCGUUUCCUGUUGUUGGUCCUUUUGUGGUCACUGCAAUUGUAGAUUUACCUUACCGUAGUACCCAGUCCUAA